GGCAAGAAGUCCAUGAGUGGCAUGUGGCGGCGCGCGUCGGUUUCCAUCAAGGGGCUGGUCCAUCGUCGAACCUCGAUUGCUACCGAGACGCUGGACGAGCCUUACGAGAUCACCACUUCCAAGAGGCAGCAGCGCCAUACCAUCAACGCGACUUGGCACCGUCUAAGGAAUGCAACCAGUUUCAGACACUCAAGGGUUCUCUACGACGACAGCAGAAACAACAACAACAACAACCACUACUACCUGCCACACUCUGUGCCAAGACCAGGUCUGGGCAACGAGCCGCCUGUCAUCCCGCGCAACACAGGCUCAGGAGCACGGGCGGCUGUUGCUGCAUGGCAGCACGAGAUGUUCUCUACAACUGCUAGCCCGCUCCGCAACAAGAGGCUGACGCUCGAUUCCGCCCAGAAUGACAGGGAGAGCGGCAUAGGCAUUGCGGUCACCAGUACCGACCCGGUCGCCGACGCGGUCCAGGACCUCGAUAUGGUCACGCCCGACGGCGAGGUGGUCUUGGGUGCCUGUGCCCCCAACAGGGUCGACUUCAUCAGCAGGCUGCCCGUCGAGCUGGCAAUCCAGGUGCUUGCCCAUCUCGACGCCGCGGGACUUGCCAUCGCCAGCCGCAUCUCCACGCGCUGGCACGACGUCACCUCCCUCCAGCACAUCUGGCGGGACUCGUACCUGCGUGAGAAGACGGGCACCUUUGCCACCAGCGAGCCCAUCAGGCAGGGCACAGGGCUCGGUGUGCCUCUGAGUCGGCCCAACAUGGACUGGAAGGAUGCCUACCGCGCAACCGAAGAGCUGGCCAAGAGGUGGAGGAACGGUAAGGCGACCUCGAUCUAUCUGCACGGCCAUUCAGAUAGCAUCUAUUGCCUUCAGUUUGACGAGUACAAGAUCAUCACUGGGUCGCGCGACAAGACGAUCCGGAUAUGGGACAUGAAGACCAUGACCUGCAAGGUGGUCAUCGGCCCACCCGAGGUGGUCAAGAGCAAUGCCAUCCUCUGCGACAGCGAGGGCAAGCCAACGCACUCGGCCACGUUUGAGCCACAUAUCGGGGCAGAUGCUCGCUCCAAACGUGUCACGUCGGUGCCGACAACGAUGGCGUUCCCGACACACCACAAGGCCUCGAUCCUCUGUCUACAGUAUGACGAGGACAUACUGGUUACGGGCAGCUCGGACGCGUCGUGCAUCGUCUACGACAUGAAGGGCGGGUACCGGCCGAUUAGGCGGCUGCGGCAUCACACGGCAGCAGUGCUGGACCUCUGCUUCGACGACAAGUACAUUGUGACGUGCUCCAAGGACAUCAGCAUUUGCGUGUGGGACCGGGCGACGGGCGAGCUCCUCAAGCAGCUCCGGGGCCACAGCGGGCCGGUGAAUGCAGUGCAGAUGCGCGGCAACACGAUUGUGAGCUGCAGCGGCGACUUUCGGGUCAAGCUGUGGAACAUCGAGACGGGCAAGCAGAUUCGCGAAUUCCAGGGCCACACCAAGGGCCUGGCGUGCUGCCAGUUCUCCGAGGACGGGCGGUACGUGGCCAGCGCAGGCAACGACAAGGUGAUCCGCAUCUGGGACGCCAACACGGGCGAGUGCCUGCGGGAGAUGAAGGCCCACGAGAGCCUGGUCCGGUCGCUCCAUAUCGACAGCGUCUCGGGCAGGCUCGUGUCGGGCUCAUACGACACGGACAUCAAGGUGUUCGACAUGGAGACGGGGCGACAGCUGCUGGACUUUCCUAGGUGGCAUGCCAGCUGGGUACUGAGUGCCAAGAGCGAUUACCGGCGUAUCGUGUCUACAGGACAAGAUCCUAAGAUUCUCGUCAUGGAUUUCGGUGCUGGCAUCCCGGGCAUCGAGCAGCUGGAAAGCUGCCCACAGCAGCGCAAGGUGGAAGAGGUGAAGCCCGACCCUCUCGACCACGGAGGAUAUAUCUGAUACUACGUCAGAGUGGUCGAGUAUUUCUACCAAUGGUUGCGCCACACACACACACACAAGGAUCAUUGUAUCAAUUAUUGACUUGGGGCAGCAUUUGAUGUUGUUCUAUCAGACAGGUGCAAGGACUCCUUCGUCUUAAGGGAAGAAGAAUGGGGAAAUGUUGGUGUAGUUUUGGACCCAGCAGCUUCGAUUGUUCGGUUACCAUGAUUUGUUUAUUUACUAUCACACUGGGGGGAUAUCAUUAUAGCUGGUCUUCUGGAGACAACCACAGACAACCAACCACUAGCAUGUUCAUUUAGCUUUCUGGGUCGUAGGUGUUCGGUUUAUUUUCACCGCAAAGAGAAAGAGAUAGCAUCAAUGGGUCACGACAAGAGAUAUGGCUG